AUGGAGUUUCUGGCGCUCUCUGCUGUUAAAUUUGUCGUUUGGUCGUCCGACCAUAAUUUGGUGGCUUCUGCUUUCAGCAUCAAUGCUCAUCCAAAGACCACGGUCGCUAGGUUAUUGCAAUAUGUUCACAAGCAAAUGGAGUGCGAAGGGUCUCCGAGUGAUUACAUGUUGCUGCACGAGGGCAAGGAGCUGAGUUUAGACGUCCUUUUGCAGUCUGUGGCAAUCGGAACGGUGUCCAGUUUUGUUAGGGUGGCUUUUGAACAAAGGGACGGGCCUGAAGCUGUGCAGCAUGCAGCGUCGACUGUCACUGUUGACUUCACGAGCGUGUCUGUUAACGUCAUCUACAACUCGUUCUCAAUGGACAAAAUACAUGAGUUUGUGAUAGAUGACACUAUUUUAUCGAAAACCUCGCUGCGGGACUUACAACAACGUGUAGUGGCGAAUAUAGGCGAGUUGGAAGAUACCUUGAAUCAACGUCAGUCGUUCUGCAGCAAGACCCAUUCUCAUACGCUUGCUGAUUGUUUGGCGUUGAAGUGGAAAGGCAAACAGUCAUAUUUUCUCUUGAAUGAUAAUCGUCAAUUAACGGAUUCGAUGUCCUUGCAAGAAGCCCUGGGAAUAGAUUUCACACCAGAAGAUCAUGCUAAGUUCACGGUAUUCAUUAAAUUGAAGCAUAAGUACUCGCCACCGGCAUUGAAGUCGACAGCUGGGAAAACGCACUUGCAUACUCUCAACUUCAUUUCAACAACUCAUUUGUUCACUGACAAGAUGUUCAUCACAAAUACAACGACAGUCAAUGACGUGAGGGAAUUCAUUAGUUGCAAUUAUUUGGAGCACUUAAAGACUUGUCGGUCAGAGGUUAAAUUGAUAUAUAAAGGGAGAUUACUAAAUAGUAACGACCAAAACAACGAACCGACGAAGAUCUUGGACGCUCUGGAGCUCCAGAAUAACGAAUAUAGUGCAAAAGUUCAUGUACAAAUAUCAUCCAGUAAAUUAGAUUUGGGAGCAGAAUUUUGGGAAGAUAUGUUCAUAGAUCCAACAGACCUUUCGUUCAAUAACUCAGCAACGGAAGAAACGAGUAAUACUCUCUCUGAUGCAACUGAUCCCGAAUUGCAAAUAAAUAAUGAUAAUCUGGUUGAUACAAGCGUCUUGAAACCAACCAUAAAAACACAACCUGCCGAAGAUAUAAUCCCGUCAGCAACAGAACCACUCGUAAUAGAUGAAUCUGCCAUUACAAAAUCUGUAGAUGAAUACAUCACGGAAUCAAGAGGUAAACUUCAAUCAACUGGGAUACUUUAUGAGAAAUGCGUCGUUGAUGGUCAAGAGGUAUUCAUUAAGCAUAGUAAAUUCGAGACUACAACAAAUAAAUUAGUAUUUGAUGGCGAGGAAUUGCUCAUCAACGAGGGAGAUUUUUUUAUUCAUGAUGGUUACAUUAGUUUAUCGCCAAGACUAAUAGCAUUGUUGGAAAAUAAAUAUAAUAUGGAAAUCCGCAACGAAUCAGUAGACUUAAAAAAACACGAUAAUGAGAACAUACAUUUGAAUGGACCAAUUAUAACAGAUACAACUACUUUUGAUGAUGAAGAGGAUGAAGAUAACUUGUUUAAAACAUAUACGCCAUCAAUAAGCACCGUUCUGGAGACCUUAGUAGUAGUAUUGAAAACUCUUUAUUUCAUCGGUAUGAACGGUAUUGCACCUCUAGUUUUCAUUUAUGAAUUCUACUUGUUCUUAUCUUUACAAGUUGUCUUUCCUAUUGCAUUAUUUAUUUUAUUCAGGAUCAUUUGGUCUACUCAGGAAAUAUGGGAUUUAUGGAUUCCUUACUUAAGAAGACACAGAGUAGUAACACAUAAACAACAGCAAGAAAUUCAACAAUUUGUAAGAGAUCAUGAACUAGAAACAGAGUUCUAUUUAUCUUGUGCAUCUAAUGAGCAGAUUUUAGAAGAUUUACUUGUACCUGAGUUGGAACUUCAGAGAUUUGCAAUGUACGCCAGUUUAAACAUUGUAUUAAAUGAUACAACAGUAGAUGAUAAUUCGAAAACUUUAAGAGAAUCGAUAACUAAAAUGGCAACCGAUAAGCAUACUUCAAAUGCAUUAUUAGAAAGUUUGUUUUUAAGUUGUAUAUCAAAUUUUGAUCCUAGUGUAACCGAUAUUGAUGCUUUGGAAUUACAAUAUUCUGUUAAGGAAAUAAUUGCGUAUAUUGGUAACUACAAAAAUAGCAAAUUAUUAAAUGAUAGACUGAAUAUAGAUGGCACAUCGAAUGUUAGAGAAAAUGCUCCAAGGCGUGUUCCCAUAACUAUAUUUGUUUUCCGCAUAUUGAUAAAUAUAUAUAGCGCGUUGAUGAAUACUGAUGAGUAUAUGAACUGGCUGGAAGCAUUUGUUCCUUAUCCUGGGCAUGAUAAUAUUCUAGUUCAAGUUGUUAAAAACAUUUUAUUAUUUUUCCUAGUGCUUAUUCCACCGAUUAAAAGUGUGACCGAUAGAGCAAUUGAAAAGCACAGAGAAAAUGAGGAGUUUAUCCCAAAUGAGAAUAUAUAUGUUUCAUCACUUGAUACAGUUGAAGUGGAUUCCAAUACUGUUGCUACUAUUAACACAAAUGAGGAUCAAUCUUCCCCUCUAAAUGAUAAUUCUGAUCAAGAAGAAGAGCAAAGUAUUGAUGUUAUUGAGGGUAUUAAUACUUGGACUGAAGGCAUUUCCUCUGGAACACAACUAAACGAGUCAAGCACAGUAUUUGUAGAUAAUAAUAACGUGGACAAUGACAAUUUAUAG